CUCGUAAGACAAGGAGGGGGAGAGAGUUUUUCCAUAUGGCUCCUGCGCAGUCUUGAACAUGAAUGUGCCUGUUUGGUUGUGUGGCUGCAAGUCAGGAAAGACGAGGACACUCUUGCCUGGAUUUGAAAUCAGGAAAGGAGGAGCAAGGAGGAGACUGGGGAGGGGAGGGUAAAGAGCUGAGAAAUCUCCAGGUAUGUUUGGAGAUUAGCACAAAGACGAGGAACAACUACCACUGAGCCAGGCUGAAGGUGAGGAGAGAAACUGCGAGGGCAGCGUCUUAAAGACCAUUCUAGGUCUUCCAAGUGGACGAGAUUUCAUACCUGGCAUGGAUCCACAACAUCACUGAUCAUAGGAAUAUUUGCCACAUUGAAUUCCACUUCUACAACAUCCCUGAACCCUGUUUCAGCGCAUACUGUCCACGGGCUUCACAACACUGUGUUUGGCUCCUUCAGCCCAUGAUCCUGAUGGAGAGCAACUCUAAGAGGGGAUUAGGAGACUUGAAUGGGAUGGAGGAAUCACAGGGAGAGCCCGCAUGCUCGGAGAAGGGUUUAGAGGAGGAGGAAGCGAGACGGCCGGUGGCGCAGUGGACGGCAGCUGAAGUGUGUGCCUGGCUGAGAGGGAAAAUGUUGGGAGCUCCAAGCAGUCCAUUGCUGGAGGCAGCCAACAGCCAUGCCAUCUCUGGCAAGGCUCUCUUGCGCCUAUCCGAGGAAACCCUGGAGCGCAUGGGUAUAGUGCCAAAGAGCCUGCGUGAGGACCUAUUGCAGGAGAUUCUCCUCCUGCGCAUUCAGCAAGAAAUGGAAGAGUUGCUGGACAUUUCAGAUGAAUAACACGGGAGACCCAGCAGUUAAAAUCACAACUGUCUGGAAAGCAACCAGCCUGAAGCAUCCUCUAGCAUUGGGUACUGCUGUCAGCCAAGCCUCCAGUUGGAUUAUGGGUUCAUGGACUGGAGAAAGAAAACCAGCAACUUUAGACUGGGAAUCAGCUCUCCAUGCCCAGCGCAAGUUAUUUUGCAGAAAAAUAUGGACUUGGAAAAAGAGGCUGUUCUAUUAUUAAUACCCCAAAACGGGGAGAACUGCUGAUAGCUGUUGAAAAUGCACUUCCGCUCUGGGCUGUGGUUUAGACAGAGGUUUUGGGGCAACAGGGGAUGCUGCCAUGGGGGACUGGGAUCCAAUCCUUGGAGAGCAUUCAAGGUUUCCAGUUAAUUUUAAGAAUAAACCUAUUGACAUCAUAUAGUAUCAGGGACAGGCAACCUGGUGCCUGCCAGAUAUAUUGGACUACAACUCCCCAGUGCCUUGACUGUCCCAUGUCUAGGCCUGAUGGGAAGUGAAGUCCAAAACACCUGCAGAGAAUCAGUCUUCCUACUUAUUAAGCUAUGGUAGUUGUUUUUUUAAGAGGUUCAGGAUCAUUUCUGAAACUGGAACAUCAUGAUGGAGGUAGAAUUACAGCCAUAAGGGGAUGGAAAAUGGCCCAAAAAGAUGUUUAAUCAUAGACAGGCAACCACACCAUUUGUACUGUAUGUCAUAUUUAAUGCUCAUCUCUUUUCAAACAAUUACAGACAAUUUGUAUCAUUACCAGGACAGGCAUUAUUUUUCCCUGCUCCAAACUCCUUUUUAUUCCUUGCUUGCUGGAACCUAGAUCCCUCCCACCUUUCCUGGCAACCUUUGGAAAGAACCUGCAGUUCCUAAUUAGGAGACAAAGCAUUGUAUCAGCAUUUUUUGAACUUCCACGCAUUUUAAUACUUUUGCUAUUUGUUAUAUUGAUAUGUGUUAUAAUUUUAGUUGUAAACUAUUCUGACAACAUAUGCUGACUGGCAGAUUGAAUUUUUUUCAAGACCAACAUUUUGUAAAUAAAAUCAUGCACAUUUAGUGCCAACACAAAAGAGACAACAUUUAGAAUCUUACUUCUUAGAUCUCUGUGUUACAUCCUUCCUGGCUCAGGAAGACCCUGUUAUGACCAUCCUGUGUCUAGCACUUGUUUUGAACAGACUCAACUGAGAAUUAGUGAAUUAGUAAAUUAGCCCUCCAAUACUUUAUUUCCAGAAUGAAACAAACACCCAAGAGAUGAGAUAUUAAAAAGCUUGGAAAAAUUUAUUGAAGUUUUAUGUCAUAAUAGGUUUUUGAAGUUUUUAAAUACAAUAAAUAUUUACCAGUAAUAAUAGCAUUUAAUGGAUCAGAAUUCAAAUCCAUUGCCAAACUGUCAACCUCCCACAAUAUGUAAGACAGACAUGAAUCUUAAUGAGGGGUGACAGAUUGCAGAGCAACCCACAAUGACAUUAUACAGUUUCCUAUUGAAAGUUUUUCCACUAACAAUAAUAAUAAUCUGUACAGUCAGUUUUGCUUUGACACAGCUAGUACUACCCAGAAUCUUCUGGGCUGAAUGCUUCAAAAAAUACAAGCCAGACGUUCCCUUGUCCAAGAAGGGUGGGGAACCGUUCCUGGCAGUCAGCACCUAUGAAGACCAAGGCACACACCCUCUUCCCCAAGAGACCCAGUUGUCAUGUUCCCUCCUGGAGAAAAAGCAGGAGAAAGUAAAGCUAUCUCUUCCAAGUUUGGUCCCCCAGGUAUGGUAUAUUACAAAGAACUAAUGAUUCCAUCUUUCACUUGACAGCCUAUAGCUUCUUGAAAAUGCCAAGGUCACAGAGUUACUCAGAAAGCAAGGAAAACCAAUUGGUCCAAUAUUCAUGUUUGGUUAAUUCUUGCUUCCAGACCGAGCCUACUCUGAAAAGGGCACUUAUCUUGCCUGCAUUCCAGAGUCAACUUACAUGCAGAGAAUGGAUUCCUAUCAAUUUUUGCUCUCUUUUAAACUGAGAGAUCAGUUCAAUGGGCGUUGAGUGGGGAGGUCUGGAAUACCAUCACCACUAAACUUUACAUCCUAGGAUUACAUUUCAAGCCAUUUUUGGCACUGGGAGGGGUGGGGUGAGGGACACUGUGGCCUCAUUCUUCACUGAUAGAUGGCAGAUGCCAGGCUUCAUGGAAUCUUUUUAUCCAACACACUCUUUCCUGAAAUCACAGUGGAGAACAGUCAGCAAUCUAUGUGAGGUUUAACCGCCUGAAUGAUUUGCUAAUUCAAAAUGAGCACAGCCCAAAUGCACAAUUUUCAUUGGACUUAUACCAACCACAAAUCAUCAGGAUUCUAGCUAGUCAGCUUUCCACAGGGUUUUUCUUGCUGUUCAUAUCCAGUUCUGAACUGUUCUAUUCUAAUAUACAAGGGCUAGAC